AUGGAGUUGGAAAGCGUCGAGGCGGUGAUGCGCCGCGCAAGCAUCAAUCACUCACCGGAGCCUCUCGCCGGAAAGGUUGUCAGUAUCAUUGUCGCCAUGCUAUCAGCCUGUCUACUCGCCAGUCUAUUUGUGAUGAGAUGUUUAUCAGUAAAAGACUGGAAAGCAUUGCCGUGGACGAUGUGGCUCGUCGUAUUCAUCUACUUCUUUUCAUUUCUGUUUGUAUUUGGCACAUCCAUUCUACAAUUUGGAUUUGGAGCAGACCUCAAUUUUGAUACUUGUUCGGCGGCCACCCUUUUCUGCUUGGGGGCGUACGUCUCAACAAAGUUCAUCUACCUCUUCAUGGUGGACAGAGCACAUAUCAUCAGGCAAACUAGAAAAAGCCGUCUCAAGUCGAAGCUAUAUAUCUUCAACUCAUUCGGCAUGUUGGGAGUAUUUGUUCUGGUUGUUAUCAUGAACUUUAUUUUCCGGAUCACCCAUUUCGAAGAUGGAAUUUGUAUCAUUGGCAUGGAGAAGCCUGUGUUGCUGCCACUCAUCUCUUUUGACGCGGCUGUAAACGUCUAUCUCACCAUUUUAUUCUUACUUCCUUUAUUGAGUUUGCACUCCGUAAAGUACAACUUCUGGAAGCCGUGGACGUUGGACUGGCGGAAUCGACGUAUCCCCAGAGCUCCUCCCAAUGUUCGACUACGGAGACUCGUAAUACGCACUUUUAUUGGAUCUUGCUGUACCCUCUUUAGUAGUGUGACAAAUUUGACUGUUCUCAUGGCCUUGAACGGCGAAGUGGCAUGGCUAUGUUUGCUUUGUUGCAACACCGACAUCUUCUUCUCGGCCCUGGUGAUCAACUGGAUCACAUCGCCUGGCCAGGAGUCAACAUUACGAACCUUAACACGUCCGUCUCGCGGCAUCUCUUUACUCAGCCCGGAAGAAGCAGUCACUAUCCCGCUUGACCCCGACGGCAAUAGCUCGAGCGCGAGAAAGACCUGGGAACAUCGAGGAACAAGAACACCGACGACGAUAGGCCUUGAAUCAGCAGAGGCACUUGAUGAUGAUGAUGAUACAGAAUUGGGCGGGCACCAUGUUCGGGACGACGAUGAUGCGGGGGCAGAUCAGGCUUUUGAAAGAGAAACGACGCACUCGGAUGACGAGGACGAUAUCGACAUAAGCGCUGCUGAAUUACGAGGAGCUCAAAAAUGA